AUGAGGAACAUGCAGGCCUCACCUGAUCGAGCUGCAGAGGUCUACGGGAGGCAGGAAAAGGAAACAGAAUCCAGAGGCCCCCUGCCCCCAACUCAAGUGCUCCAGAGGGAUAUGAGAUACAGUUUCCAGGCUCCGAACCCAUUGAGAAACCUGAGGACAGAGACUCAGACCAACACCUCCAUCACCCUGAGGGUCCCUGACGGCGCUGCCCCUCAGAACUUGACCAACUGGGUCCAAUGGCCUGGAGAUGGUGGCAGCAAUAAUAUUCAAAACACAACAGGCACCAGUGUCACAGUGGACAGGCUUGCUCCUGCUUCUUCCUACGAGUUUCCCAUGUGGGUAGAGAAAGAUGGCAUCAACAGCUCCCCACAGAUGCCCGUGGCCACCGCAGCCUCAAACCCAGUGAGAAACCUGAGGAUGGAAGGUCAGAACAACAUCUCCAUCAACCUGAGCUGGGAGCCUCCUGAUCAGUCCUCCCUGCAGGGCCUCANCUACUGGGCCCAGUGCAGUAGACAUGGUGGCCAAUCUGAGAUCCGGAAUACAACAGACACCAGUGUCACCGUGGACGGACUUGAUCCUGGGUCUUCAUAUGAAUGUUCUGUGUGGGUGGAAAAGGAUGGAGUCUAUAGCACCAACCAGACUCUCAGUACCACCACAGCCCCAAACCCAGUGAGAAACCUGAGGGUCACAGGUCAGAGCAACAUCUCCAUCAGCCUGAGCUGGGAGCCUCCUGAUCAGUCCUCCCUGCAGGGCCUCACCUACUGGGCCCAGUGCAGUAGACANGGUGGCCAAUCUGAGAUCCGGAAUACAACAGACACCAGUGUCACCGUGGAUGGACUUGAACCUGGGUCUUCAUAUGAAUGUUCUGUGUGGGUNGANAAGGAUGGAAACNAUAGCAUCAACCAGACUCUCAGUACCACCACAGCCCCAAACCCAGUGAGAAACCUGAGGGUCACAGGUCAGAGCAACAUCUCCAUCAGCCUGAGCUGGGAGCCUCCUGAUCAGUCCUCCCUGCAGGGCCUCACCUACUGGGCCCAGUGCACCCCAAACCCAGUGAGAAACCUGAGGGUCACAGGUCAGAGCAACAUCUCCAUCAGCCUGAGCUGGGAGCCUCCUGNUCAGUCCUCCCUGCAGGGCCUCACCUACUGGGCCCAGUGCAGUAGACAAGGUGGCCAAACUGAGACCCGGAAUACAACAGACACCAGUGUCACCGUGGAUGGACUUGAUCCUGGGUCUUCAUAUGAGUGUUCUGUGUGGGUGGAAAAGGAUGAAAAUAGAAACUAUAGCACCAACCAGACUCUCAGUACCACCACAGUACCAGCUCCUGUCAGCAUCACCUCCUGCAUCAGCACUUCUGGGGGAUAUGGGGUCCUCCUGACCUGGUCCUGCCCAUCCGGGGGUUAUGAGAAGUUUGAGGUCAAAGUGGGUAGGAAAUGGACCUCCGAAAAUGGAUCUUUGUGCGGGAAGGGCAUGACUGUGUCAGAUCUUGAGCCAGCUCAGUCCUACACAGCCACCGUCACGACUGUCUUCAAGGAACUGAAGGCCCAGUCUGUCUCUACAACUUGCCACACAGAGAGUGCAGCCAUCAUUGCCGGAGCCAUUGUGGGCAUCCUCUUGCUUUUCAUCCUGGUGGGCCUGCUGAUUGUCUUCUUGAAGAGGAGGAGAAAGAAGAGACAGCCAAAGGAAGUGCCCAAGGAUCUGGUGUGCAGCUGCCCAGGGGAGAUCCUGGCCAAAGACUUCGCUGACCAUGUCAGGGAGAAUGAAAAGGACAGCAACUGUGGAUUUGCUGAAGAGUAUCAGCAACUGGCUCUGGAGGGCCAAGGCCAGUCUCAAAUAACGGCAUCGGCUCUAGAGAACAUAUCCAAGAACCGCUACAGGAAUGUGCUGCCCUAUGACUGGUCCCGGGUUCCCCUGAAGCCCCUCCACGAGGAACCAGGCUCCGACUAUAUCAACGCCAGCUUUAUGCCUGGUCUCUGGAACCCCAAGGAGUUCAUUGCAACCCAGGGUCCCCUGCCUAACACUGUGAGUGAUUUUUGGAGAAUGGUGUGGGAACAGCAGAGCCAUACCCUGGUUAUGCUGACCAACUGCAUGGAGUCUGGACGGGUGAAGUGUGAGCAUUACUGGCCCUUAGAUGCUCAGCCUUGCAUUCAUGGGCAGCUGCAGGUAACGCUGAUUAGUGAGGAAGUGUCAGAAAACUGGACCGUGAGGCAUCUUCAGCUCUUCCAUAUGAAAGAACAGCAGCCCCUCUCCGUGCGCCAAUUCCACUACCUGGCCUGGCCAGACCAUGGAGUUCCUUACUCGCCGGACCCCUUGCUGGCUUUCCGCAAGAUGCUUCGGCAAUGGAUGGAUCAGACCAUGGAUGGAGGUCCACCCAUUGUGCAUUGCAGUGCUGGUGUGGGCCGGACAGGCACCCUAAUUGCACUGGAUGUCCUGCUGCGGCAGCUGGAGUGUGAGGGGCUGGUGGCUCCCUUCAGCUUUGUGAAGAAGAUGAGAGAGAGCCGGCCACUGAUGGUGCAGACCGAGGCCCAGUAUGUGUUCCUCCACCAGUGCAUCUUGAAAUCCCUCCAGAAGCCAGCUCCAGCCCUCGUCCCAAAGGAGGCGACGUAUGAGAACGUGGCAAGCUUAGUUUACGAGAACGCAUCUGCCAUCAGGGCCCAUGAGUCUGAGGUCUCAGCUUCUGGGUGCUGA